AGCCCUGACGGCUCGGACCCCUCCCCAGGCUGCUGCGGCCCCCAGCAUUCAGGCUUCCGAAACCUGAGAUGCUCCCCUCUCCGUAGCUCGCUCCGUGACCCUGUCCUCGCAUGCUCUGUGGCCGACCCCAGCUCCCACGUACACCCCCCCGUCUCACUCUGCUCGUUGCCCCUCGCUACACAGAUGGACGUCGUGGAUACUGAGCCAGAGGUGCCCGUAGAAGGCUGGAUUGCAGUGGCAUAUGUGGGCAAGGAGCAGGAGGUCCAGUUCCACCAGGAGAAUCAGGGCAGUGGUGCCCAGGCCUAUCCCAAGGCCCUGGUCCAGCAGAUGCGACGGGCCCUCUUCCUGGGAGCCUCUGCUCUGCUUCUCCUCAUCCUGAACCACAAUGUGGUUCCAGAGCUGGACAUAUCCCAGCUUCUGCUGAGGCCUGUGAUUGUCCUUCAUUAUUCUUCCAAUGUCACCAAACUGUUGGAGGCACUGCUGCGGAGGACCCAGGCCACAGCUGAGGUCACCAGCGGAGAAUCGCUGUCGGCAAACAUUGAGUGGAAGCUGACUCUGUGGACCACCUGUGGCCUCUCCAAGGAUGGCUAUGGAGGCUGGCAGGACCUCGUGUGCCUGGGAGGCAGUCGUGCCCAGGAGCAGAAACCCCUGCAGCAGCUGUGGAAUGCCAUCCUGAUGGUGGCCAUGCUCCUGGGCACAGGCCUUGUGGUCCGGGCCCAGCGGCAGGCAUCACGGCGGAGCCAGCAGGAGCCUGGAGGCCAGGUGGACCUUUUCAAGCACCGUGUGGUGCAGAGACUGGCAUCCCUCAAGACCCGGCGCUGCCGUCUGAGCAGAGCAGCACAGGGCCUCGUGGAGCCUGGCACGGAGACCUGUGCUGUGUGUCUGGAUUACUUUUAUAACAAGCAGUGGCUCCGGGUACUUCCCUGUAAGCACGAGUUCCACCGAGACUGCGUGGACCCCUGGCUGAUGCUCCAGCAGACCUGCCCACUGUGCAAAUUCAACGUCCUGGGGAACUGCUACUCAGAUGACUAGCUGCCCUGCUGGGCAUGCUGUGUGCAGGAACAGACCCCUCUGCUGCAUCCUGGCCUGAGCC